AUGCCACCGGUGGCGGUGGGGGCAAAACCACCGGAAAACACACAGAUACUCGAGUACUCAGUAAAGAUAUUAGUAAUCACAAAACUAAAUAGUAAAUUCCCUUCUCUCAUCCUCUUAGUAUUGAAAUUAGAAGGAAAAAAAAUCAGAGAAACAUUGAUAGAGGACAUGGACCUGGACGACCUGUUGGUUAGCCCGAUGCAGGGCCCAUCUCGACCCGCCCGGUUCGCGCCCAAGGGCUCCAAGUUCAAACCCAAACCCAAAAGCGAACCAUCUCAAUCUGAUUCAGUUGAAUGGUUGCAAAAGCAAUCUGAUGGGGAACUCGAUGCCAAACCCGAAUAUGUGAAAAACGGGGAAAUGGAUGUUGGAGUUGAAGUGAAGCCGGAUGAAGAAAAUGAAAAGGAAAUUAAGGAAGAGAUGAUAGACGAUUUGAUGGAAUCAGAAGAAGCGGGAGGUGAAGCUCCGGACUACGUUGUUCGAGAAAUUGAUGUGUAUUUUGCUUCUACUAUUGAUCCCAAUACUAGGUUGUAUGUGUUGCAAUAUCCAUUGAGGCCGGUGUGGCGGCCAUAUGAAUUGGAGGACAGAUGUGAAGAGGUAAGGGCGAAGCCUGCAAGUUCAGAAUUUGAAGUUGAUUUGGCACUUAAUGUCGAUUCCAAUAACUAUGAUCGUGAUGCUGAUCCUAAAGUGCAGAUAACAAAGCAGACUCUUGCUUCAUCAUGGAAACCACCUUGCACAAGUGGGUAUGCUGUUGGGGUUCUAAGAGGAAAUAAGUUGCACCUCAAUCCUAUUCAUUCGGUUGUGCAGCUCCGACCAUCAAUGCAUCGACUCAAGCCCAGGGAUUCUAAAAAUAAGAAAAUUGAAACUGGUAAUGGUGAAGGUGCUGUUAAGGUGGAAGAUCCCAAGGAAGAAAAACCUUUCGAGGCAUCAAAGAAGCAGACCAAGCCAUCUGGCCAGAACAAGGAUAGUGGAGAGGAUUGGGUUCCUCUCAAAUACCAUAAUGCAAGGAGCGUCAUUGCGGAUAGAUAUCUACAAAAGAUGGCGGCACAAGAAAGUUCGCCUAUUAAUUUUUCUAUGAGCUCGUGUGAUUAUCUGAAUAGAUUGUGUCCUGGCGCCUCUAAUGAGAGAUCCAGAUCUAAAGUUCCUACAAGAAGGUUUUUGAUGACUUUACCACUAAAAGAACGAUGCAAAACUUGGCUUCUUGAGGGUUCUCCAAUUCAUCGAUUUGACGCUCUAAAGCACCUAGCUCCAGAUGAACCUGUUGAAGAAGUUUUGGAAGUCCUGCAGGAAUAUGCUCGAUUAGUCCAAGGAAUGUGGGUUCCAAAAAGUUCGCUGGUAUAUGGAACAGAUUCAGGAAUUGAAGUUUUAGCCAGGGACUACGUUCUUCUUUUGUUUAGCAAGAAUCCACUAGUUAAUGAUUCACAAAUACCUCAACGUCCUCAACUUGCUAAAGCAAUGAAAGAUGUCCUAAAUAUAUUAGCUGUUGCGAGACCCUCCUUUAGUGAUUGGAAACUCAGAGAGCUUCCUGAUUGCAGAUUCAUAAAACUCAAUCCUACUGUUGCAAAGCAACAAGAAGAAGAAUGGGAAUCCUUGGAAAAGAAGAUAAAUGAUCUUCUUUUUGGAGCAAGAAAUGGAACUGGUAUGAAAGAUUCGUCAAAGUCUAAUGUCAUAAACAAUCCGGCCACGUCAACAAGUUCCAGUGAAGUAACUCUGAAAACUCUGGAUGGGGUGUUCUCAAGGAUGCCAAUGCCAGAAGAGACUCGAGAAGCUUUAAUGAAGGCCCUUCAGAAACUUUUCAAAAGCAUCAAGGUUUGCAGUUUUCAACAAAUUUGCCAGCGUUUGAGGGACUUGGCAGUUUCUGAGUCCACUCGUUCGAGGGGAUUUGCCAAAGAGGCAGUUGCUGCAGCAAACAGCAUCGGUGUUUUUCCUGAUGAGCUUCAGGCUAUCAUUAGUCAAUUUGCGUUUAAUAUUCAUGGCGUUUAUGUUCCAAAAUCAUCACCAGAUCAUCCACAAUACGAUCCAUUCAGGAAGGUUGUCAUUGAUCUUCUUAUUGCUGAAGGACCAAAUGCAAAGCUUAAAAAGGCUCCCAUAGUCGAGGCUGCUAAGAUGGAACUUAAAAGGGAUAUACCUCAGAUUGAAUAUCAGAAGGUUUUACAAGAACUAUGUGUAUCACAAGGUUCUGCAUGGGUCGUUAAAAGUGGUGAUGGAAAUCCACGAAAGUAA